UGCAAUACUAGUAUGUGGUUUGCAUUUGAAUUAGUACCUUUGGCACCUUGGAUACACAUACGUCUAAAUUUCCAGAGGCCUGGUUGGUUAGUGGCUUGCAAUCACAGAUCUAGAAACACCUGCGGAAGAGAGAGACGAGACAGUACAAAACUACGGGAGGGGGAAGAAGUCAAGUUAGUAAAACGCAUUACUGGAAUACGAAAGCUUUCAAAACGACAAGGAGAGGAGCUCAGUGCACCAUGGGAAGUCUAGGCCAAUAGCAGCAUAACUAUUGGAUGGUUCAGGACUCACCUCAGCAGCCCUAACUAUAAGUUUUAUCAAAGAGGAAAGUCUUAAGCCUACUCUUCAAGGUGGAGAUGGUGUCUGCCUCCUGAACCCAAACUGGAACUUGAUCGCUACUGAAGCUUCUUGGCUAAUAGCUGACUUGAACAACAUAGCCGCUGACCUGCCACGCAUUCAAGCAUUCACAUCAAGGACGGUGUGUUCAUUAUCACAGUAACACAGUAACUACUAGUUACUGGGAAAAGUAAUAUUACUACUGCCCAACACUGGAAGUCGUCGUGCAUCAGAUUUGGGCCAGCCUGGAAUGGACCAGCCGUUCGGGAUUCUUCCUGCUCUUCCUGACUGAAAAGUGAAGAGAAGUUGGGACACCUUCUCCUCAUGCCUCCCACAUCAGUACCACUAUGUUGCUGAUCCUAUGAACUGGACUGAAGCUCAGACCUACUGCAGAGAGAUAUACAUGGACCUGGCCACCAUUGAAAACACUGACGAAAUAAACAAGUUUCUUAACACAGUUUCAUCUUUUGGUCUCAGCUCUAAUGUCUGGAUUGGCCUGUACACCACAAUCAACUGGAGGUGGUCAGACGGCUACACAGGGACAGGAGCUGAAUAUAGGAACUGGAAGUAUGAAAGCCAACACGUUUAUUCAGCUCAUGAAUUCUGUGUGAAAGUUGCAAAGGAUGGAACUUGGUGGGAUGAUAAUUGCUAUGUAAAACGUUUCUUUAUCUGUUACAGAGGAACUGAAUCCUGAAUUUGUUGGUGUGAAAGUAGCAAUGAGUUGGUCCAGUGCUCAGAGCUACUGCAGGAAGAACUUCAUAGACCUGGCCAUUGUGAGGAACCAGAAUGAGAACCAGGCGGUUGCGAACGUGGUGCCGGUUGGAUACUUGGCAUGGGUUGGUUUGUUCAGAGAUCCUGACUUUUACUGGUCUGAUGGGAGUAGCUUCUCAUUCACAAACUGGUACUCAGGUUACAACCCAUUAGGCUCGAUGAGGGUCGCAUGUGGUGUUGCAGCUUUGCAGAGUUCAGGAACAUGGAAGUUUCUUCCCUGUGAAACCAGAUUACCAUUUGUCUGCUACAGCGUCCCUGUAAGCAGGCAGGCGGUAAAGCUGAGGAUAAAGCUGGAGGACUCCUCUGUGGAUCUGAAUGACCCUGCUGUGAAAGCUGACAUGCUGAAAAAGCUCCAGGACUGGCUGAAGGAGAAAGGAAUAAGAGUCACCCUGAAGUGGAGAGAGGAGCCUGAUGGGAAAGUCUUCCAGAAGGAGAACAAGACUGAGCUUUAACACUGAAAUCCAACUGUACUUGUGUUUAUCUUCAAUACUUGGUGAAUGUACUCUCUAUCUGCUAAUACACACAGUACACUAUUAUCACUGUACAGAGUGCUUAACCAGAACCCUGAAUAAAUCCUGUAGACUGUCGUAGAAGAGUUUUGUUCCUCAUCAUCAAUAUAACUGAGUGAAGUGUCUUAAUGAAAUCAAAUUUUCUUCAAAAUAAAACAUACGUUGUUUACCCGUUUGAUGAAA